UCUUCUCUCAAAGGUAGUCAAACCGUGUAACAGAUGUUAAUGCACUUUGUUCCCUUUUCAGACUAAGAACUUGGACUUCCGUCGAAAGUGGGACAAAGAUGAAUAUGAGAAACUUGCAGAGAAGCGGCUCACGGAGGAGAGAGAGAAGAAAGAUGGCAAACCAGCUCAGCCCGUCAAAAGGGAACUUCUGCGGCACCGAGACUACAAAGUGGACCUGGAAUCAAAGCUGGGGAAAACCAUCGUCAUCACCAAAACUACCCCUCAGUCAGAGAUGGGAGGGUACUACUGUAAUGUAUGCGACUGUGUGGUGAAAGACUCCAUUAACUUCUUGGAUCACAUCAAUGGCAAAAAACACCAGAGAAAUCUGGGCAUGUCCAUGCGGGUGGAGCGCUCCACACUGGACCAGGUGAAGAAGCGCUUUGAGGUGAACAAGAAGAAGAUGGAGGAGAAACAGAAAGACUAUGACUUUGAGGAGAGGAUGAAGGAACUCCGUGAGGAGGAGGAAAAGGCGAAAGCCUACAAGAAGGAGAAGCAGAGAGAGAAGAAAAGAAGGGCAGAGGAAGAUUUGACAUUUGAAGAGGAUGAUGAAAUGGCAGCUGUGAUGGGUUUCUCUGGUUUCGGCUCAACCAAAAAGAAUCACUGAGCAGCUCUGGACUCUCCUCUUUGUUAAAACAGAUUGUUUUUACCCAGGAGACUCUGGAUAAUUCUUUAAAGACUUGACUGAGGACUUGUAUGUAAAUCUCCCAGUAGAAGUUGGCCGGAGGAGUCGAAAAGUGAUUCCAUUCUCUACCUGUGCUGCAGAACAAGCUCCACUUGUCAUUAGCUUCCCAUCUCCUUCUGUGUCCUAGAUCUGGCUGCUCAUCAAUGCUCUUUGGCCUUGUGUGUGCAGGGAAAUGUUCUGCUGGGUACGUUUUAGUGUCAAUAAAGUGCAGCACUUCUGUACAGAUGGCAUUGUUCAGAAUUAUUUUAAUUGUCAGCUGGGCAUCGUUGUUUUGAGGUCAUGUGUUUAAGGUGCAGAGAGGGAUUUAGCUUCCUUUUGGAUCAUGUAACUGAAGGAAUUUUGCCAUAGUGAGUGGGCAGUGCUGGUUUGUACAGCCUGAAUCUUUACUAGUUGUGCUGAAGCAGAGCUGAGGGCUGCAUGGAGUCUGGGUUGCUGAAUUUUUUCCUGUGUAUUUUAUCUGUAAGGGAUACUUCCCUGUUUUUCCUUGUGUUUUGUGUGAUAACUUUGAUAUCUUUGAUCCAAGGGAGAAAUUCCUCCCCAGGACUGAUCUAGGAUAGAGCAAAUGAAAAAACAGUGUGCACAAUUUGCCCAAAAUAAACUGAUAGUUUUAAUUGGC